GGCUUGCCCAUAGAUGAGAAUGAGUCAUCGCCCUUCUCAUCCCUCAUUCCUUCUUCCUUCUUCCUUCUUCCGUCUUUUGACUCUGCAUCUGUUUUCUCGUGCCGCAACCAGACCAACCCCUCUAUGGGCAUCCUCAACCCCGUCUGCGUUGCCACCGAUGGUACAUAUGUCUACGCACUGGCAUAUGCCCCGUCCUUCAACGACUCGUCUUCCUCCUACAACAUCCUCAUCAAGUCCAACGCAAACCCUCCUUAUACUCUCGACAACCUCUCCUGGACUCUAGUCAGCGCAGUGCCUCGGGAUGCCUACUACUAUCUCGGAGAAGACAACAUCAAUGGCCACGAUUAUGGCUGCUUAGCCGAUGCCACAGGAGUCUUUACCGCGCUCGCACGCUCCUCCAAGAGCUCCAGGGAUGCCGCCGCAGACAAUGUGUCCCGAGGACUGCAGUACCAACCUUACGGAAAUGUGUGGAAGAAUGUCAGCACCUCGCAGGGAUACGUCUGGAACGAACUCAGCAGCUCUCAACUGGUCAACAUCAAGGACCCUGUAACAGGUGUAACCGCCAUCAUUCAUGCUUCGAUCGCGAGUCAUAACUCGACCAGCGCCAUCGCCGUCGCAGCUCUGAAUACCAAUACUCUCACUAUGAUCCAGAAUCCGUCAAUGUGGUCCUUGGACCUCAACAAGUUUGGUCUGAUGCAGGGACUGGCAAUUCUAGGAAACGGCACAAUGUAUGGCAUAGGCAGGAACUUGACAAGCAACUUCAUGCAGCGUGCAGCCUUGACAGCAAUCCCUAUCUCAAAUGGAUCAACAGUCGCACCGUUUGAGGAUUCUCUCAUACCCAUAAGUGCGGAUGGCCUUGCCGGUGCCUGUGGAGACGACAUAAACGGUUUAAACAUGCUCCCUUGGGGAAAUAAGAUCGUAUUCACCUGCGCAUCGCCAUCUUCAGCACAAUCUUAUUCCGACGUGUUUAUUUACGAUGGGAAGCUAUCCAGUAUGCUCGGCUACUACCCUGGAGCCUUUGAUAAUUUCAGGUCGUCCGCAAUUGUCCAAGGCAGCUCUGGGUCCUACAUAUUUAUACACAACAGCACGGGCGUUUUUAGUGCGCCAGUCGAAGGAGGUUUCGUAGGGAUAUGGCAAAGCUCUAAUGCCAGGAUCAGCAUCGCGGAUCACUAUGGAAGCAACCCCAACCCAAGCAGUGUACCCGCGUCAACACAACCAUCAUCUUCAACGCAAAAUCUAGGAAACGGAACGGGUAGCAGUAGUAACGCGGGGCUGAUAGGAGGUGUAUGUGCAGCUCUUGUUGUCCUUGCAGCGGCAGUGUAUGCUUUUUACAACCGUAGACGACGCCAGGCCCAGAACAAGGUCCAGCCACCAGCUCAGCCAGUUCAGCAACAACUCCCAGGUGCCAUAUGCGACGGUAAAUUCGACGCGGGCGAUGCGCCUUUUGAAGCGACUAUGAAAUCGGAAGUAUUGGGUCCGUGGCCUAGACAUGUGCGCACGGUUCAACAGCAUCAACAGCAACAUUUCCUCUAUUUACCGUCAGUUCCUCCCACUGGGACUACACCGCCGUACUUGCCGUCCCUCCCUCUUGCAAGUAAUAUCUUAAAUUCGCCGGGUGCUAUGGACAUUCAGUUGCCGGUCAUAAUCCACGCACCCCACACAAGCCCUGUCAUUUCCCUCAUCGAGCCGAACAGUAGCCAUUCUGUCUCUGCUUGGGAGCCCCAGCCCUUUAUCCCUCCCAACGCCAAUACGUCUCCACCAAGCUUGGACGCGUAUCCUAGUAGUAUCCACUCGCCGUCCCAGACCCAGACGCCAAGUGUCCCAAGGCGCACUAGGCCGAGCAUCAACCAGAUUCCUCUCAAUUAGUUAAAGACACCCUUAUAUUCCUAUGGCCCCAUGCGAAGGACGAGUCAGCCGUUACUUGUCGAAAUAGUUUCCAGCAGCAUGCGUCGCGUCGCGUUUCUCGCAAGAGUCACACUCUACUUCAUUAAGGGUUUUUGUAA